AUGACCGACGCUCUCGCAAUCCUCCGCCAAAACCGCUCCGACGAACUAGCCAGACUAGCCGACGAUCACAUCCAACACGACCUCCAACCAAAUGACCGCGAUAAGCUCAAAGCAGCUGCUGCCUCAGUUUCGCUAUGGACAACGGUUGGAUCGGCUGUUGGUGUUAGUCUGGGAUUGCUAGCUGCUAUUCGUCUGCGAAGUACGCGCAAGGCGUUUUUCUCCGCUAUUCGUGCGCAAGAGAGGCCCACUAAGGUUGUUUUUGAGGAUGGGCGGACUGAAUCAAUUCCCGAUCUUACGCCGUUGUUGAAACCUACUACUUUGGGUGACUUUGCUACUUAUUUCUUUGCUUCAGCUGGUGGGUUGCUUUUGGGUGGUGAGCUUGGCUUUGCUGGUGGUGCUGCUAGUGGAGGCCGGACUAUCUCGUCUGAUCCCGAGAGCAAGAAGAGGAUUGAGACUGCGUUCCGGAGGUUCCGAUCAGAUGUUCUACGGAAGCAGGCUGAUGCACUGGAUAAGGCUGGCGAGGGCUCUGAGUUGCUUUGA